ACUUCAUUUGUCAAACAAAUUCCUUGGUUAUAACGGGUUAGUUUCGUAUCGUGCAGGGCAAUGUAUUUGAUCCGUGUCAUUGACUGUUGACUGCCACAUUACUAGAAUCUGGGACUUUUAUAGAUAGUCUGAAAGAUGUCGCAGAUUCUGUCUGCAGUUCGUCGCACAACGCGAGGGCGUUUAACAGCUGAUUAUGAGGAUCUUGACGGGCAGGUUACAGAAUCUCUGCCCAGUGGAGGUACCAUCCCAAGACAACUAGAAGAUAAUUAUGAUAAUCAUAUGGCCGAAGCUGAUGAGAUAGAAAUGACAUCUGUCUCUGUAAUACCUGAUGACACUUUCACUGUGACGCAGGCAGUGAACGCGUUUGGUUUUGGGAAGUUUCAAGUGAAACUGUCUCUCUUUACUGGGCUGUGCUGGAUGGCAGACAGCAUGGAAAUGACGAUACUCAGCAUCCUUUCACCCGCUCUUCAUUGCGACUGGCACAUCACACGAUACCAGCAGGCUCUUACCACCACAAUUGUGUUCCUAGGAAUGAUGCUUAGUUCCACAUUCUGGGGGAACCUGAGUGAUCGAUAUGGAAGAAAACAGGCGUUGACCUUGUGCGCAGUGCUUUUAUUCUGUUAUGGCCUUCUGAGUUCCUUGGCGCCAAACUUCCUAUGGAUCUUGUUUCUUCGCGGACUUGUCGGAUUUGCCAUCGGCUGCGUACCUCAGUCUGUGACGCUGUAUGCCGAGUUCCUACCAACGAAACAGAGGGCGAAAUGUGUUGUACUAUUGGAUUGUUUCUGGGCACUGGGGGCAUGUUUUGAGGUGUUGCUAGCCCUGAUCGUGAUGCCUACGCUCGGCUGGCACUGGCUGCUUGCUCUUUCAACCAUCCCACUUCUCGCCUUUGCUCUCAUCACGCCAUGGUUACCAGAGAGUGCUAGAUUUCACGUGGCAUCAGGACAACCUGAAGAAGCUCUGGCAACUUUACAGAAAGUGGCAAAGGAGAAUGGAAAACCUAUGCUUCUAGGCCGCCUGGUGGUGGAUGAUGCAGCCACUCUUACUCCAAGGGGACGUGUUACACAUUUGCUUCGUUCUGAGCUUCGGAAAACUUCUCUUCUACUUUGGUUCAUUUGGAUUGUGUGUGCAUUCUGUUACUAUGGAAUAGUUCUGAUGACAACAGAAUUGUUUGAGACUUCAUGUGCAGAUCAAAGUAAGGCAGUGACUAAUCUGGAAUGUGCUGCGGAUUGCAAGGAGCUGUCCACACAAGAUUAUGUUGAUCUUCUUUGGACCACAAUAGCCGAAUUUCCAGGAAUAUUUGCAACGGUGUUUGUAAUUGAGAGGUGUGGAAGGAAGAACACAAUGGCAGUACAGUUCGUAAUUUUCGCAGUUUGUAUCUGUUUCCUCUUCAUCUGUACUGAGAAUCGCGUGUUUCUUACCAUCAUGCUCUUCCUAUCACGUGGAAUCAUAGCUGGAGUUUUUCAAGCUGCGUAUGUCUACACACCAGAGGUGUACCCAACGCCAUUAAGAGCAGUUGGUGUAGGUACCUGCAGUGCAAUGGCUCGGUUGGGCGCCAUGGUAACCCCUUAUGUGGCUCAGGUUCUCAUGCAAUCAUCUCUCACGUUGGCAACGUCUGUGUAUGGGUUGGCAGCUUUGCUGGCAGCCGUGGCAUGUUUCUUUCUUCCGAUAGAGACGAAAGACCGUGAAAUGGUAGAGACGGUGGCGCAGAGGUCAUGAAAGCGACUUGUCUCAACUGCAGUGGAAUCUCUACACAUCGGACAAUAAUGCUGUAAGACUUUGCAUAGUUCGUAAUUUAUAAUGGUACACUAGAUCAUUUCUGUAUUUGACAUAUGCAUUUAACCUCUUCUCGUAUGUUUCUUUUAUAAAUUGUUUUAUGAAGUAUUUACUCAAACAUGGUUAUAAUAUGAAGACAUGUAUUUUAACCAGGUCUACAAAGGAUUUAUAGUCCCUACACAUUAUAAAUGUCUCAUAUGGGAUUAUGACUAUCUCGUGUGCUGCUGCUAUCAGAGUAGAUCUAGUUCAUGGGUACUUUUGGCUCCAGCCAUGUUGACUGUAAUGUCUUCUGGGGAUUUCUGCAUCUGGGUGAUGUUGGGUCAUGGUUAUUUGAUUUUAUUAUGGGAUUACGGGAUCCCAGUGUUAAACCCCUGAGAAAUUAUGCCUUGCUGUAGCUUCACAGUGAUAUGAUUCUAUUAUACCUCUCUCAAAGGUUGUCCUUCAUUCCAUCACCAUUCUGUACCAUAUGUCGGCAGAUUCUCUGGUUAGGCUUCACCUAUUACUAAGCUUUCGGCCUUUACUCUAUUGGUGCCAAGUCUCAUUGACGUCUCGUUAAACUGACUGAUUUGGAGGGUGAUCUAGUUGAACAAUCUCCGUACACUGCCACUACUGAGGUUUGAACUCGCGGACAGUUUCUCGAAAGCUGCUAGACUGGUCACAGUGUUAACAUUUAACCCUUGGGAAUUAAACAUAGACCAAUGACACUAAAUCACAUUUGUUUAUAAUCUUGCAUCUUGUGUCUUUUUAAUAGUAUGGAUUAGUGUAUACAGACAAAUAGUAUUUUUUUUAUGAUAAAUACUUGAAAAUUACUUAAUGCUUGAGAGAUUCUUAUUAACUAUAGAAAUAUUUUUUUUCAUGAAACUUUGCAGCUCAGGUGCUAUUAUCAUUCAACCAAAGGCAGCCAACUUUCUUUUAGAUGGAUGUAUAAUUCUUUUAUGACUUACUUGCACAAUCUGGUAAAGAAUUUGGUCCAUAGCCUCCUCAAUUCUCCUCUUACAUUCGUUCCUCUGUUAGGUCCGUCUGUCCGAGGCUUUGAUCGAGGUUUCGAAACAUCUUCCUUUUUACGGCGCAAGGUUGUUAGCCUUGCGACCAACCCCCAACCUGGAGGACCAGGGCACCUGUCUUGGUCUGACCUCUCCCCCUCGACCAACCCUACCAGUAGCUAUGCUACCGCCAGCAUAGCUCUUGGGGUCACCGAGGUCCUCAAACCCUAUCAUCUGGUAAUUAAUUAUGGGAUGAAAUACCAUAAUUUUAGUCAUAAUAAGUAUUUUCUAUGACCAUGUGUAGAAGGUUUUUAUAUGUUCUGUUUCAUAAGAAAUGGUUUAGUUAAUUUUAAUUAUACAAACUGCUUUGCUUGAUUGAUGCCAGAUUAAUUAAGUAUUGCUUUUAAUUAUAACCAACUAGUAGAUUCAGUGUUCUGAAGUAGGUAGUGGUAUUAAGCACUGCAGCAGGUAUUACUUUGUUUUAUGCAUUACGUAGAAUGCGUAGUAUAGGCUGCACAUGACAAGUCACCAAAGUAGUAGCUAGUCUGUGGAAUCGAUGGAGAUUUUAGUUUAUUGCAUGAGCUUAUAUUUCUCAUCUUUAAAUACAAUAUGUGAUUUCCAGAUUGUUUCUUAAAAGUAGGUUCACAUCGCAGGAAAACUCACCUGUUAGUGGGGGAUAUAAUCUGGAAAUAGGGAUGCAUAAGAGGGGGAAACACGUAUAUUUAAAAGUUACUAAAGGAUAAUAUUUUCCUGCUUCUACUGUGUGAAUCAUCUGGCUCAUAUUAGUACGUGUGACAUUCAUAAUAUUACACAGUCGAAAUUGCUAAAAAUAAAUUAAUAAGCUAUUAUUUCAGUGAUAUAUGUAUGGAUGCCAAAAUACAAGUUUCAUCAAAAUCUGGCUCAUGUAAGAGACAGAGUAAUUUGUUGAAGAUGACCGACUUCUUGGACGUUGCACUGUGCAGUCUGGCAGAAAUUUACCAUGUUUCAGAGGUGUCCUGAUGAUGAAAGUUAAGCAUCUCUGAAGUAUCGGUCAGUUCUUGCCAGACUAAACAGAGCAACAUCCCAAAAGGUGGCCGUCUUCAUAUUUAUUGCUGGGAGAACUUGAAAUCUCACAUACUAAUUUAUUGAUGAGGUGUAGAAUAUUUUGUGUAUAAUUUCAUAUUUACAUUUUUAAAUUAAUAUUUAAUUUAUUCUGUAUUUGUAUUGUAGCUGUUGAUGUAUCAUGUAUGUAUUGGUGUUAAAAAACACUACAUAUCUCAUAAUGCUCGUAAUAUGUAAAAAGUAAUUUAUUUUCAUUCAUUGUACUGAAUUUUAAAUUUACGGUAGAAAUUAAAAUUAUUUCUUACAAACUUUGCUUUUAGGCCAGGCUUUCUGUGGGUAGCCAUAAUAAAGUGUGUGUAUUCUUGAGUUUUCUUUUAGACAAGUUGGUGCAUCAGAGGUCGACACCUGCAUUAAAAUGUCUUAUACAUGUUUAAAUUACACAAUUUAGCCAAUUUAACUGUGGAUUGCCAUACAUACAUGAUCUAUGGUGAAGCAGUCUGGCAGAAAUAAAUUUGUUUUUGAAUUGUACGAAGGCGCGGGUUCUUGAUACCUACGUUUUAAAUUAAAACUAUGAAAAAUUCAAGUCA